AUGAUUCUCAAAUCAAUGCUGCGAAUUGUGCCUCAGAAUUAUACCGCAUUAAAUACUGAGUCCACACACAUUGAUGGAAUCCAACAAAAUUUAACAUCGAUACCUGUCAGUACUUCUAGCCUUAAUAAUAAUCCAGAAACUUUGACCGAAAAUAAUGGGUUAAAUGAUAACUCUGUGAUAAAUGCUGAAUCUGAAUUUUGGCCUACACCUCAGAACUAUACGCCAUUAAAUAACGAAUCGAAUGAAUACACUUCAUUAUCAAUCAAUCAUGAAAAAUUUCAAGAAGCUUCUGAUACCCCAAUUUCAAAUUUAUACACUCUAAGAAAGACUGAGACUAACACCUUAAAAAAUAUGACUACAAACACAAAUGAAAGUGGAACUGAAAGCGAAGAUGAUGACGAUAGUGUUAAAGAUCCCAAUUUUAAAAGUUCUUCAAGUUCAAGUAGGUCAAGUUCAGAUUCUUCUUCUUCUUCUUCUUCGUCGUCUGAUGAAGAAAUUGGUCGAGAAGUCUUGAGGGAAAUAGUUGCGACGAGAAACACUGAAGAAUUACCCGAAGACUUGGAAAAUAAUGCUGCAAAUAGAAAGAAAUCUAGGAAAAGAAUGCGAAUCGAAAAUGAGUGGAACAAAAACAAGAUAAAGAGAUUAAGAAAUGCUGGCAAGGAGUAUAUUUCAUCAGCAAAAUCCAAAAGAGUCGUCGCUGCUAAACAAGUAAAAGAGCCUUGUGGUGAAAAAUGCCAACACCAGUGUUCUAAGAAAUUUGACAGGGAACAACGUUCACAACUAUUCAAUGCUUAUUACAGCCUCGAGAAUAUUGAUAGAAAGCGUGAUUUCUUAUCAAAGCAUAUGGAAUUAAUUACACCAAAAUAUCGUUAUGUUAGAGCUGCCAGUAACCGAAGACUAAAUUUUGCUUUUUAUUUCAAAACCUCUGAAGGCAAAAAACUAAGGGUUUGCAAGAAAUUUUUCAAAAAUACGCUUGACAUAAAUGAUAGGACAGUACUUACAGUAAGAGAUAAAACUUUGUUAUCGGGCAUUGUUAGUGCAGAUGGAAGAGGAAAACAUAAAAACCAUAAAAAAAUAAGCGUUAAUUUGAAAAAUGAUGUCAGGGAGCAUAUUCAAUCAAUUCCAAGAAUUGAAAGCCAUUACCUUCGGGCACAGACAUCAAGAGAAUUUAUUGAUGGUAGCAAAACCAUUGCCCCGACCUCUAUAGAGACUACAAACUUGCAUGACCAAUGUAGUCUUUGUUUUCAAUACAAUACCGCUGAUGAAAAAGGCAAAGAAAACUUGAAGUUGCAGUAUGAUGAACAUUUAAAGGAAAAAGUAUUAUCGAGAAAGGAUAAGGAAGAAGAUAAAGCCAAAGUGGCCAGAGCAUUAAAAUCAGGACCUAUCUUUGUUCCUGAUCAGUUUGUAAUGUUGAUAAGAGUAGCAAAGAAAAAAGGAUCCCCAUAUUUUGUGAAAGAAUUAUCACACGACGAUUUUGUCCAUGUGAAGCAGCUUAUGGCUGAUACUGGGAUAAAUUUUAAUGUAAAUACCAAGGGAGAGCAAGUCUUUAUUAGUAACCUUCGAAUUGUGAGAGUUGAGAAAAACCAGCCAUUUCUGUUUUUUUACAAAAUGUCGUAUACAGAAUCUGAGGAAUGGAAAUCGGUGGAUGUUCGUGGAAAUGCAAUAGUGAAAAAAACUACCAGAUGCUCAGAAUCUGCAAGCACUCGGUUCAACAUCUUGCCAACUCUGAAGAAAGCUUACAAAUCUAAGCUUACAAUUAAUGAAAAUAAAAAAAAAAGAUUUGAAAUUUCUAUUGGAAAAAAAAUUUAUACCAAACUAUUAUAAAGGCUUUUACGAAUCAUUAUUUUAGUUAUGUUAGUUGACUGUUGCUUUAAUUACUUAUUUUUUGUUAAU